AUGGCAUAUCCUAUGGGAGGUCAGACAGGAAGUAUGACAGCCGGAAGCGGUACUGUGAAUACUGCAUAUCCUAUGGGAGGUCAGACAGGAAGUAUGACAGCUGGAAGCGGUACUGUGAAUACUGCAUAUCCUAUGGGAGGUCAGACAGGAAGUAUGACAGCCGGAAGCGGUACUGUAAAUACUGCAUAUCCAUAUGGGAGGUCAGACAGGAAGUAUGACAGCCGGAAGCGGUACUGUGAAUAUGCUGCAUAUCCUAUGGGAGGUCAGACAGGAACAAUGACAGCCGGAAGCGGUACUGUAAAUACUGCAUAUCCAGCGGGAGGUCAGACAGGAACAAUGACAGCAGGCGGAGGUCAGACCAGUACUGAUAUCCAAGCUCAGACAGGAAGUAUGACAGCUGGAAGCGGAACUGUAAAUACUGCAUAUCCAAUGGGAGGUCAGACAGGAAGUAAUGACAGCCGGAAGCGGUACUGUGAAUACUGCAUAUCCUAUGGGAGGUCAGACAGGAAGUAUCAGACAGGAAUACUGCAUAUGACAGCAGGAAGUAUGACAGGAAGCGGUACUGUGAAUACUGCAUAUCAGACAGGAAGUAUGACAGCUGGAAGGGAGUGUCAGGUACAGGGAAGUAUGACAGCCGGAAGCGGUACUGUGAAUACUGCAUAUCCUAUGGGAGGUCAGACAGGAAGUAUGACAGCCGGAAGCGGUACUGUAAAUACUGCAUAUCCAAUGGGAGGUCAGACAGGAACAAUGACAGCCGGAAGCGGUACUGUGAAUACUGCAUAUCCUAUGGUAGGUCAGACAGGAAGUAUGACAGCUGGAAGCGGAACUGUGAAUACUGCAUAUCCCUAUAGGAGGUCAGACAGGCAUACUGUGAAUACAUAUCCGGCAGGAGCUGAGACCCAGGAGGUCUGUGAAUACUGCAUAUCCUAUGGAACAGGAAGUAUGACAAUGGGAGGGAAGUAUGACAGCCGGAAGCGGUACUGUGAAUACUGCAUAUCCUAUGGGAGGUCAGACAGGAAGUAUGACAGCCGGAAGCUGUGA